AACUGAGAGAAGAUUGCAACAAUUGCAAUUAUUCAGACUAGACUCGGUUGUGGCAUAUAACGUGAGCAACUGAAUACUAGCACAGAAGACGCCUAGAAUAGAAAGCUCUGAUAUAUGACGUUGCCCUGAUAAGAGAGGGCACGAGAGACACACAUUGGAAGUAGAGAAUCGACGGAGACGACGAUGGCAGAGGAUAGCAACAAUAGUGACGAAAGAAGUCUGGAAGAGGUGACAAAGGAAAUAGUGAAUCAAAAGAUAGAAGGGGCUAAGUUAGGCGAAGAGUCGAAAAGAAAAAUGUUUAAUGAAGAGAUGGAAGAAACUGAGUCAGACGAAGAGAUGGAAGAAACUGAGCUAGACGAAGAGAUGGAAGAAACUGAGCUAGAUGAGGAGGUGGAAGGAGGGAUGUUGGGUGAAGAGGGAAUAGAAAGUAAGAGCGAUGUAGGAGAAGUCGAAGUAGAGGGAGGGAAAAUGGGCAAAAUGAGGGAAAAGCAGGCCGACAACGAAGAUGUGCUAGAAGCAAGUAAAAAAAUAAAAAACAAAGAUAAAGCAGGCGAAAAGCUGAAAAAAAAUUCAAAGAAAGGAAAAGAACAGAGACUGAAGAAGGAUCGGGAGACACCAGAAAAAGACAAAAAAGAACCUAAUGAAUUUAAAUUAGACCGGAGAAAAAGAGGGUCAAACGUAGUGAUAUGUCGUCAUCGGGAACUAAAUUCAAGAAAUGAUAAAACUGUUGAGAAGGUCAAUGAUUUGCCUGAGGAGCCGUCGACAGCGUCGAUAGAAGGUUCCUUAGUUCCGGCAUCAGAAAAUAAUGGUGGUUUAUCUGAGGUAUUGCCGACAACGUCGACAGGAGAUGCUUUACCGUCAGAAGUUACUGGAUCGCCGAUGUCACCACCAUCCUUUAUGCCACCGCCGCCGUCUUUUACACCUCUCCCUCCAUCCAAGUCAGUGCAGGCCAGUCCAUCAGAACGGCGAUUGAUGAAACCUCCAUUUGAUGAGCUUCCACUGCCACCGGAAGAUCCAGUUGUUGUGUCCGAGCUGACAGGUCGGACGUCUCCGUUUUGCAAGGCGCUAGUAAACUUUGGAAAGGCGAAUGCUCCCAGGCACUUUCAAGCUCGGGAGGAUCUGCUGAGCAUUCGAAAUGGUGACAUAUUAGUUGUAACAGGGAAAGUGAACGAUAAAUGGUAUCAAGGUCAAUUAGGAGACCAGCUAGGACUGUUCCCGAUAGAUUUGUCCACAGAUGUAGAUGAGAAUGAAGUGAAACGAUUCAUAGCACAGAGCAUGCAGAGAAAGAAGAACCUCGUAUCCAAGGAAUCAAGGCAGGAAUUACAACAAAAAAUGAAGGAUUUGACGGCCGCUGCAGAGAAUGGCGACAAGUGUAUUCAAGACAUUAAUGAAGAAAUCAAAGAGUUGACAAUUGAAGCACACCGUCGACGAAAGAAACUCCGAGUCAAACUUAUGAGUGAGUACAAUAAUGUCUUGCCUCCUUCUUACUAUGAUAUCCCGCUCCAAGAAUACAUAUUCCAUACAUCCCUAGACACAGUUUUAACGAUACUCGAAAUUAGAGGUAUGAAUGAUAACUUCAAAAAUGUUCUUGCGGCCUUUGUUGAAACUUCAACGGACUUCGCUCAAGAAUUCAAAAAACAUCUCGCUGUCGAUCCUAGGACCAAAGGCAAUAUUGAAAAAGCUAUAGCCUACUCUCAACAAGUUCAAAAAUGCUUAAUGGAUGAACUCUCUAAUAUUCCUACCGAACUCUUGAAUCAAUGCGUUAACAAGUUAUCUAGCUUUUGCAUUCAAUUUCAACGAGCCCUCUUAUCGUCUAACUCCACCAAUACGUCAUCCAAAGCCGAAGGCGGCUAAAUUCACAUCGCCUUACACCCUCUAGUCCAUGUAUAACGUAUGAUCAAAACCAUGGUUCCUUAUUUGCAGAGUUUUCAGAGCACAUCGUAUCUAAAAAACCUGUGUUGUUCAUUUUUGACACCUUUUGUCUAUACAGCACUAAAUCCAUCGGACAUAAAGCAAUUGUGUAUCAUGAUUAUCUUCUACUCUAAAUAUACAAUAAAAUUAUCCUCUUUCAGGGCACGCCA